UAAUCCAGAAACCUCACAUGAUAUUCCUUUAAAAUUGCAUGUUCAGGUUUAUUACUGUUGAGGUUUAAAGGUCAUGAGUAUAUAAUUCAGUAGUUAUGGCACUAUGUAAUUUUUUCUUUUGCAUUCUUUCAUGUCUGUCUCCUUUAAUGGGACACUCAGCUAUUAGGGUGACACAACACGUUGCCACACCUGGCAAACAUUUCAGUUCUCCUCUACCUCUUUCCUCCUCCACCCCCUCUUUUCCCCUUGUUUUAUAAACUGGAACCACCAUUAAAGUGAUUGAAUGUAUUGAUGAUGCUGUUUGAUUAUGUUUUCAUAUUUAAGUAUUUUGUAGGCAUUGUAUGGUAUGAUAAUAUUUGUGAGACAGCCAGACAUCUAAUUCAAGUUAAAUAAAGAAUUUCAUGUCAAAGGAAUUGUCAAAUAAUAUACUUCAUGCAGGUUUAACAUGUACUCCUUGAUUCUCAUUAAAAGCAGAAAUCAGAAAAGUAACUCAAAAAUACCUCUGUGCUUCAAGGGGAGAUGGACUAAAGUUUAAAAGGUUUAUUUUGUGGGUCUUGCAGGCGAUAUUCCAGUUUCUACAUCCAAGCAUCCCAACCAAUAUUUUAGAUUAGGAAAAGCGGAUGUAGCCCGUGCGGAGUCAUAGGUACAUUGCCUGCUCUUCCCCCUUUGGGGUUUUUGUCUGGGUGGAAGGAAGAUAUUCAGUAUCUCGUGGUGAAGAGUAACAUUGCUUCCAAGUGCAGAAAGGAUGCAGGAGCACUGAGUCAGCAGCUCACUUAAGGGCAAAAUCCAGCCGAGCAACCCAAUUGCCUCCGCAGCCGGAGUCGGGGAGUCCGCAUGGGAACAGCACCACAUUCCUCCGGUGAAAAUGAGAGACCCGGUCUUUGCUGGGAGUGUUUGAAGAAGAUGCUGCUGCAAUUUCCAACUACAUCAAUCAGUUAUUUCAAGCCAUGCACAGAAUAUAUGAUGCGCAGAAUGAAUUAAGUGCAGCGACUCAUCUGACUUCAAAGCUGCUGAAGGAAUAUGAGAAACAGCGUUUUCCACUAGGGGGAGAUGAUGAAGUUAUGACUUCUACUCUACAGCAGUUUGCAAAAGUGAUAGAUGAGCUCAGCUCUUGCCAUGCGGUUCUUUCAACUCAGCUUGCGGAUGCAAUGAUGUUCCCUAUUACCCAGUUUAAAGAAAGGGAUCUCAAAGAGAUAUUAACUCUAAAAGAAGUUUUCCAAAUUGCAAGCAAUGACCAUGAUGCUGCCAUUACCAGAUACGGUCGAUUGUCAAAAAGAAGGGAAAAUGAAAAGAUCAAGGCUGAAGUCAUAGAAGAUGUAUAUACUUCAAGGAAGAAACAGCAUCAGACUAUGAUGCAUUAUUUCUGUGCAUUAAAUACUCUCCAGUACAAAAAGAAAAUUGCUCUGCUGGAGCCCUUGCUGGGAUACAUGCAGGCUCAGAUAAGUUUUUUUAAAAUGGGUUCAGAAAAUCUUACGGAGCAAUUGGAAGAAUUUUUGACCAAUAUUGGCACAAGUGUACAGAACGUUCGCCGGGAAAUGGAGUGCGAAGUAGAAAACAUGCAACAAACUAUAGAGGACUUGGAAGUAGCCAGUGACCCACUCUAUCUGCCUGACCCUGACACUACGAAAUUUCCUGUUCAUAGGAAUCUAACUCGGAAAGCUGGCUAUCUCAAUGCAAGAAAUAAGACAGGGCUGGUUUCGUCCAGCUGGGACAGACAGUUUUACUUCACCCAAGGUGGGAACUUGAUGAGCCAGGCGAGAGGGGAUGUGGCCGGGGGGCUGGUCAUGGACAUCGACAACUGCUCGGUCAUGGCUGUGGACUGUGAAGACAGACGGUACUGCUUUCAGAUCACAUCUUUUGACGGUAAAAAGUCUUCAAUCUUACAGGCAGAGAGUAAAAAGGAUUAUGAAGAGUGGAUAUGCACCAUCAACAACAUAUCGAAACAGAUAUAUCUCAGUGAAAACCCUGAGGAGAUCGCUGCCCGUGUGAACCAGUCGGCCCUGGAGGCUGUGACUCCGUCGCCCUCGUUCCAGCAGAGGCACGAGAGCCUGCGGCCCGCGCCCCAAUGCCGCCCGGCCGCGGUUCGCACCAGCAGCACAGGGUCGCUGGGAUCUGAAUCGGCAGCUCUGUCGGCACUUUCCUUGGAUUCUCUUGUUGCCCCCGACACUCCCAUACAAUUUGACAUAAUAUCUCCAGUUAGUGAAGAUCUGCCUGGUCAAGCAAAAUCUUCAGGGCAGUCGGGCAGACGCACAAAUCCUUUUGGUGAAUCAGGAGGCUCAAAAUCCGAAACAGAAGAUUCAAUUCUUCAUCAGCUGUUCAUUGUAAGAUUUCUUGGCUCCAUGGAGGUGAAGUCCGACGAAAGUCCAGACGUGGUUUAUGAAACGAUGCGCCAGAUCCUGGCAGCUCGCGCCAUCCAUAACAUUUUCAGGAUGACAGAAUCACAUUUGUUAGUCACUUGUGACUGUUUGAAGUUAAUUGAUCCACAGACACAAGUGACAAGACUACGAUUUCCUUUGCCCAAUGUAGUGUUGUGUGCUGCGCACCAGGAGAACAAGCGCCUCUUUGGAUUCGUGCUGAGAACGUCGGGAGGGAGAGCUGAGAGCCGCCAGACUUCCAUCUGCUACAUAUUUGAGUCAAACAACGAGGGGGAAAAGAUUUGUGACUCUGUUGGACUGGCCAAACAGAUAGCUCUUCACGCAGAGCUGGAUCGAAAAGCAACAGAAAAGCAAAAAGAAAUAGAUAGAGUCAAAGAGAAACAACAACAAGAACUGAAUAAACAAAAACAAAUUGAAAAGGACCUAGAGGAGCAGAGCCGGCUGAUCGCCGCUUCCAGCAGGGCCAACCAGAGCAGCGGGGACGGGCAGUUCGUGGUGCUGAGCAGCAGCCAGUCGGAGGACAGUGACCUAGGGGAGGACGGCAAGAAGAAGAGAGAAUCUGAAGCCUGAGGUUGCCUCCUUAUUGACAUGGACUGAUGGCUGUACCUGGUAAAUGGCACAAGUUUUACAAGAAGUGAAAUGCAGGUGGAGGGUCUGUUGUAUUAUAGAAAAGACUUCACAAUAUAUAGACCCUAUUAUGCCUUGAUUUUUCUUUCUCGAGUAAGUGAUUUCCAUUCUCAUGUCCAUCUAAUUUCUGUAUGCCAGAUGACACAUGGUGAUGCCACCAUGUUUAUGGAAAAACGAUGUUUUCUCAAGGCUUCUCUGCAGUAUGGAAAAAGCCAUGGGGUUUUUUCCCACUGACCUCUCUGUGCAAUUGCUCUUGAAGCAAAACUUCCAACUCUCCUUGGACUUCAGCAGUACACUGAAACGUGUUCCCUGCUGGAGACAAAGGCGGAUGUCCACAUGAGACAGUGCUAUGCUUUAGCUGAUUUGUUGCACAUAACUGUUCUCAGAUUUAGAAAGAAGAAUCCUUAUUAACAUCAGCGAGAUGUGCAAUAGUUGUAGACGGAAAUAUCUUUUUCCACAUUGCACUGUAUGAUACUGUCUCGAUAUUCUUCUUUUAGUGAAUGCUGGAAGAUUUCUUUCAACAGGAGAACAAAUACUGCCAGACGUAGCUAAGAGCUGAUGAGAUGCCGUUGCACUUUGUUGCAUGAGGAAUGUAUAGAGCAUUCCGUAUCAGAUGAUAGGAAUAACAUAUGUAUUCUUGUAGCACAAGUGCCAUGUUCUUGUUUUUUCCCCAGUCCAUGUAGUAAAAAGCCGUAAGCCUUGGAGUUCGCUUUUUAUAAAACCCGUUUAGGGUUGCAGGAACAUCUUGAAUUCCCUCAUUUUGAAAAAUCUUUGGAAUAUAAAAAGGCCUUGCCACAGGACCUGCAUUUACUGAAAAUGACUUGAGGCUCUUUUAAGUCUUUUUCUGGAAAUGCAUUUUGCCAACAGAGUGAGAACUCGGGCGCGAGCCCGUGCUCCUCUGUCCUCACGUCCAGCCCCUGGAGCGUUUUUCAAGCAGUGUCUGUUUACAGCCUGUAAUCUGAACUCCGUGUUCCAUACCCUGUGUAAUAUUUAUUGUGUAUAGUACUAAAUGUGCAUUCACCUUUUGAUCCAGAAGAGAAAACUUGUUUGAAGAGAAAUAUUUAUUUUUGCACUAAUUACUAUAAAUACUAAAAUCCAGUGGAACAGAAGAUAUCUCUAUAAUAGUGGCAUGAAAGUGACAGGAAAUAUAGCAAGAGGAGAAUAUGGUUAUAGUUCAAGUUAUAAUAUAACAGUUAUGAGUGUUUGGCAGGUCAGCGCGGGGCAUUUCUGGUGCUCAGGAAUGGAACGCUUUCAGGACGCGUCCCGUCAGCUGGCGCUGGCCCCGCGCGGCCCAGCCAGCGGAGCCUCAGCCCGCGUGCUGGAGACGGGAGUUCUGUGCAGGGUUCCGUACAGAAGGGGCAGCGGCGCCCGGGCAGGACGGAGGCCGCGCCAGCUCCGCAGCUGCUGUCACUGGCAGCGCAGCCUGCCGGGGGACACGGGGCUACCGCCCCAAGGAGAAGCGCAGGGGCGGCCGAGCGGCAGAGCCUCCCGCUUCUCUUCCCGAGUCCCGAGCAGCCCUGUCCCCGGACGCCGCCCGUGCCCGAGCCGCCGGGCUCUGCGCAAACAGCUGCUCUUGCUGCUGGGCUCUGGCCAGCGCUGCCUGGCACACGGACCACACCGAGCUGAGGCGCUUUUCUAGAAAACACUGGCAUUUUAAUUUCAUAUGUAGUCUCCUAUUUUCAUCUCUCAUCCUUAAGAGGCUGUUUUUAUUCUUGCCAACAAAAAUAUACAGAGGGGCAGCAAAUCCAAUCUUCUCUUUUUCUUUUUUGUGCCUCAGCCUGGGCUCACAGAGUUGCACGGCAGCCACUUGGUCUCUGCAGAUCGUUCCAGUUCACGUUUUGGUUGUACUCAUCGCUAUUUCAUUUUCUAUCGAAUACGAUGACAGCGUAGCUCAAGGUUACUGUGUCUUACUGCAUCUUUCUCAAGUACAUGAUGAAGUAAUUUUGAACAGUACAGGAAGAACAGGAAAUCAGUGCUCUGGUUUCUAGUCUAGUCCCCCAGCUUGUCCCAGUAGGAUUGAUUAAUGUGGUAACCAGUUUAUCUGCAACUGCUCUGUGUCCAUAUGGAAGACAGUUAAUAGAUCAGCCACCUCAAAAAGCAUUUCCGAUGCGCAGCCUGGUUUGCAGUGUCCUUAUUGAAGAAAUGUCAGAAAACUGAAUUAGUCUAUUCUUUUUUCUUGAAACCUACCAUUACUGUUCUAGACAGAAAUCUGCAGAGAUGAAGAAGAAAGUGCGAGGAAGUUGGCGGCUGAAUUUACUGUCAUGUGGCAUUUUUCAAAUGUAACAAGGCACAACUGGAAUUAUUCCAUUUGCGUAUCAGGCUUUCCAUCUAUGCCAUUAAAUGUAGUUUUCUAAAACAGAUAGCAUAGGAGUGAAGUGCAUUUCUUUUGUGUUGGAUGAUUCUCAUCUUAAGCACUAAGAGAAAUAGGAAAUGAAUGAAGAGAAUGGUCAAAAGAAAGUGCAUUGACAUGUAUGGAUGAAAUGAGGGGGUUUCUGUUUGUUUAGGAGAGUUUCGCUGGUGUAAAAUAAGCAAAAAGCUCUAAAAGCAUCUGGGACAGUGACGAAAGCUGCGAGAGCAAUUCUAACAGCACGAGCUAAUAUCUUAUAUUCUUUCUUUUACCUUAUUUUACAAAAUUUCUUGCAGGGCUGUAGUCUCCAAGGCUUUUCUUUUUAACCAAGCAGUAGUUGGUGGUUUGUUUCUGCCACAGCGGUAUCAAGUUGUCAUGACAAGAGUACGUCGGUGUGUCCUUGUGAAUGCACUUGUAUUCCUGAUGAAGUUUCUAUUGCAAGCCAAGGCUUUUGUACAAUCUUUCAGGUCAUUUUGUAAUAGAGUGGAGUGGUCAGAUUCUUACGCUGACGUUCUGGAUUGGUCCCGUACUGGAGCCAUGUAAGUGAUUUUUGCGGUGUUGAGACCGACUCGCACGCGUUCCCGCGAGCUGGACAGAGCCCCUCCCUUGCACGCUUGGGUCAGUGCUGAUUGUUCUUUCUCAAUCUCUGAAACAUGGAUAGUAAAUGUACUAUGCCAGGGCUUCAGUCAGCGUUUUGUAGGUUAAAUAAAAGCUUAACUCGAGUAACUUUCUGGGUGGGAUUUGUACUGACGCAAAAUCCACCUGCAUUUUUCAUAAUACUGACUUCCAGGAAGUAUCGUUAUUGGUGACAGGAUGCGUUCCCUUCCGUUAACCACAGUUGUAACACACAGUUAUACCCCUCUGCUGUCAAAGUGUAUCUCAGCUCUCUUAAUUUUAGUCAUAGGAGCCAGAUAACCUCAGAGGAAAUUAUUGUACUUGGGAAUGCUGAUAAUUUAUUUUUGCAACAAUCAAAGACUGAACAAAGAAGCAAAUCCCUCCCCGGUAGCUGUGGAGCGCACGUGGUGUAGUCCCAGACAACGUGCAGCUCUGCGGAGCGGGGAUGGCAACAGUCACACGUACUCACAUGUACAGAGGCUCUACCAGCACAACCAUUCACAUGGGUACCGAUACUUAUCCUCAUGGGCUUUGUUAGUUUAUUAUAUGAUAAACACCAUGUAAAAAGCAGUGGGUCAUAACUACAUUAUGGUUAAAUUUGUAUUUUGUAAGGUUUGUAGAAUUUUCUGAGGAAAAGCAGACUUUUGAAUUAUGUAACUUCUGUGAUAAAGAUGCAUGUAUAACUAGAAAAAAAAAAUCUAUGCUUACUUGAUAAUGAAGGAAUAAAUACUACUAAUGCCA